AAGCUAUACCGUCUUGCAAAAAAGCAUUACUUAAGAAAAAACUCUGAAACCUAUUCUAUGGAUUCUUGUAUAAUGGAACAAGCAGGUCAAUUAUCCGUAGGAAUUCUUUACUGCCAGGAAACCCCAGCAAUGGGUACAAUCCACUUGACCCUCUCGGCCCAUCUUUUUUGACAGUGCGGCUAGGUGAAGACUAUUUUCUAAUUCCAAAGUCUCUAAGCGUGUUUAUGAUGAAAGAGCCAAAUCCGGGAGAUGACGCAGGGUCGAAUGGUGAUAUUAAAAACGAAGAGACACAUGUCAAAAUGGACGAAGACGACUUAGAUGAUACACCUCUGGUUUGCAGGAAAAAACCCAACGAAGAGAAGGUCCAACAGAAACGGUUGAAAUUGAAAAAAUCCUUCAGCUGUGAAAUUUGUUACACAUCAUUCGACAGUAAAAGUAAAUUAACCAGCCAUAUGUUUAAGCAUAGUAAUUCUCGGCCACACAAAUGCACUGUAUGCUUCAAAGGAUUUAAGACUAGCGCUUACCUAGCCCGCCAUAUGGAGAUACAUGACGAGUCAUCUAAGUUGCACUCCUGUAAUUUGUGCGAAUUUAAGGCUCGCACAAAACCCUAUCUGAAGAUUCAUUAUAUCAGGAAGCAUACGGAGGAUUAUAACUUUAACUGUGAACAGUGCGGAAAGAUGUUCAAAGUACAGUCCGACUACACGACACAUAUGAAGGACCAUGAUACUGAAUCUUGUUGUGUAUGUGACAUAUGCGGAACAUCUUAUCCUAGCAAAAGUUCAUUAUACUUUCAUAAGCAUUACAAGCACAAGACUAGAGUCAAAGAGUUUGAGUGUACGACAUGUCGAAAACGUUUUAAGACUCAGAAGAAUUUGGAAAACCACUCAGAACUCCAUAAAAUGAAAUACGUAUGUGAGCAGUGUGGAAUGGAAUUUAAAUUUAAAUACGGCUUGACAAAACAUCUCAGAACUCAUUCCGGAGAAAAGUCGUAUUUGUGUGCCAUUUGCGGUAAAACGUUUGGCUGUUUGAGCUCGCAAAAGAUCCAUCUCCUGACUCACGUUGGAGAACGACCUUAUGUAUGUGACUUGUGUGGUCAGAGUUUUACGCAACGGUCCCCAAUGAUGCUGCACCGAAAAAAGCAUCCUGGAUCACAUCCACCUCCUCCACCUAUUAAAAUAACGAACUUGUUGCACGGAGUCCAAGAUAAGAUCAUUGUCAACAAGAGUACCAAAUAAUAUUAUGUCCAAGCCGCAUAACACAGGUUGAACCGACUCCGGACACUUGAUCUGUCUUUUCUGAGACUGCAUCUCACUUCAAAAUCCUGGGUACGACACAACAGAAACAAUAACUGGGAAAGAUGAAGAUGAUGCCAUGCCAAUGUUACCAGGAUUUCAAGCCACCCUCAUAACAAAGUUCAGCGUCAAGGCUAAGUGUUGUUAUCAUGAUUGAUACAGAUGAACCGUAGAGUCAAUAUCAAUCGUGACGUGUGCAGCCCUACGUGUAGGCAUUGAAAUAAUGGAUUUAGGUUAUGACAGUCUAUGUGAUCGCCAAUAUUGAACUCGAAUACCACUGAGACGGACAGAUUGUGAUGUUCCAGAACAUUUGAAGUAAAUAAAGAAGUGGAAAAACGUGGACGAAACGUCAGAUGAGGGUGAACACAAAAGAGUGAAAAUCGAAGUGAGGAUAGAGGCAAAAAUGAGCAAGAUGGUGAAAUUAUUUUAGAAUAUAGAAAACAAAUUACAAAUUUGCAGCUAAUACAUAAUUAUACGCAGAAUUUAACAAUCUGCAGUAAGUUCGAAUUGCAUGAUUUACAACAAAAAACCACGAGAUCUCAAAAUCACCAGAUGGCAACAUGGGCCUGCACAAAAUAAAAUAUGGACAGCAUGGUGUAGUGUUUAAAAAUUUACUGAAACAUGACAAGAUUUAUUUUAGAAUAAAUUGCUGUUGCAAUUUUGCAAAACUAAAUUUGUUUUAUUUGCAGAAAAUAUUAUUAUUCUGUAGCAUGUGUCACCUUAUUGGAGACUGUAUCAAAUAGUAGAAAAAGAAUUUCAUGACGACUUUUCCGAUUUGUUACUCCAUGAGAAAUAACCGACCACUAAUUUUUCUCUGUCUUUGACAAAGAUAGCCAAUAUACGUUUAAAUGUUCAGGAUAAAAUAAUUUUAAACAGAGACCCAAGCUGCAAAACAGUCAUGAUGAAAGUAUGGCGUGAAAGGCGCUGUAUGAUACGCUUUUGACAAUAUAUGUUCGGUUACCAGAAAGAAAGAGAAAAUCGAUCGAUAUGAAAAGAAGAGGCCCAAAAGCGAAUGUCAAACAUAUUGUAGAAACGAAGUGAUGAAACACAAGAAGAAAUAAAAAGUCACUUGCGAUAUCUGCAAAAUCACUUUCAAUGUAAAAGGACCAGGAUAUAAACACAUGCUUCAAGCACAGCAAUUUGAGUGUGUUUCAGCGUGACAUUUGUUUGAGUAAAGUUCAAACAUAAAAAUAACACGGAACUAAUUAAAGUCCAUGGAGAAGCUCCAAUAUGCGGAUGCCAAAGUUGCUAUUUCGCAACUCUUCACUUCUCCUAUUUGUAGGUGCUCUUCAUAAGAAAAUAUACAAGUUAUUUUCAUUAUGUUUGCGAAAAUUGGGACCUAAAAAUCAGAAUAAUAGCUGAUAAUGAAAAAAAAAAUGCAUCUAAUAACACACAAUGAUGAUCCUUAUGUUUGCGACAUAUGUAGCUUGAUACUGCUAAACUUGAUGACUCUCUAUCUGCAUAAAAAUUACAAGGACUAGGUGAAA